CCGGAGCGGGCGGAGCGGAGCCCAGCGGGCGCAGCGCGGAGCGGGCGCGGAGGAGCCGCCGAGCGAGCGCAGUGUUUCAGGCUUCCCGUUGUGCCCAGAGUCUCUCGGAGCAGGAGGCCUGAGGGGACUGAGCCCCUCCAAGCCGUGCCAGGAGGGGAGGAGGAGGUGGCCUGAGUGUCCCCCAGCCAUGAGCCGCCGCGUGGUGCGCCAGAGCAAGUUCCGGCACGUCUUCGGGCAGCCGGUGAAGGCAGACCAGAUGUACGAGGACAUCCGUGUCUCCAAGGUGACGUGUGACAGCUCCUUCUGCGCUGUCAACCCCAAGUUUGUGGCCAUCAUUGUGGAGUCCGGUGGUGGCGGGGCCUUCAUUGUCCUGCCCCUUGCCAAGACAGGACGGGUGGACAAGAACCACCCGCUGGUGACGGGACACACGGCGCCCGUGCUGGACAUCGACUGGUGUCCCCACAACGACAACGUCAUCGCCAGCGCCUCGGAGGACACCACUGUCAUGGUGUGGCAGAUCCCCGACUAUGUCCCCGUGCGCAACAUCACGGAGCCCGUGGUGACACUGGAGGGACACUCCAAGCGGGUGAGCAUCAUCUCCUGGCACCCCACCGCCCGCAACGUCCUGCUCAGCGCAGGCUGCGACAACCUGGUGAUCCUCUGGAACGUGGGCACCGGGGAGAUGCUGCUGGCUCUGGACGACAUGCACACCGACCUCAUCUACAACGUGGGCUGGAACCGCAACGGCAGCCUGCUGGUCACCACCUGCAAGGACAAGAAGGUCCGUGUCAUCGACCCCCGCAAGCAGCAGAUCAUAGCGGAGAAAACCAAACCGCACGACGGCACCCGGCCCAUCCGCGCCAUCUUCGUGGCCGAUGGCAAGAUCUUCACCACGGGCUUCAGCAGGAUGAGCGAGCGGCAGCUGGGCCUCUGGGACCUGGAGAGGUUUGCCCCCCACGAAGGGCUGAGGCCCGUGCGGGCCAUCUUCACACGGGAAGGACACAUCUUUACCACGGGCUUUACCAGAAUGAGCCAGCGGGAGCUGGGCUUGUGGGACCCGAAUAACUUUGAGGAGCCCAUUGCCCUGCAAGAGAUGGACACGAGCAACGGGGUCCUGCUGCCCUUCUACGACGCCGAUUCCAGCAUUGUCUACCUCUGUGGGAAGGGUGACAGCAGCAUCCGGUACUUCGAGAUCACGGACGAGGCUCCCUACGUGCACUACCUGAACACCUACAGCAGCAAGGAGCCCCAGCGGGGCAUGGGCUUCAUGCCCAAGCGAGGGCUGGAUGUCAGCAAGUGUGAGAUCGCCAGGUUCUUCAAGCUGCACGAGCGCAAGUGCGAGCCCAUUGUCAUGACGGUGCCACGCAAGUCAGACCUCUUCCAGGAUGACCUGUACCCCGACACGCCAGGCCCCGAGCCGGCCCUGGAGGCAGAUGAGUGGCUGUCGGGGAAGGACGCAGAGCCCAUCCUCAUCUCGCUGCGGGAUGGCUACGUGCCCAUCAAGAACCGGGAGCUGAAGGUGGUCAAGAAGAACAUCCUGGACAGCAAACCCCCGCCAAGCCCCCGGCGCAGGCACUCCACCUGCGACUCAGACUUCUCUCAGCCAGCCUUGGAGGAGGUGCUGGAGGAGAUCCGUGCCCUGAAGGAGACGGUCCAAGCGCAGGAGAAGCGCAUCUCCGACCUGGAGAACAAACUCGGCCAGUUCACCAACGGCACGGACUAGCGCGGUGGCCACGGCCACGAGCACGGGCAGGGCCAGGACUGCCCCGGCCUGCCGGGGAUUAAAGCCGAGUCCCCACCUUG